UGCAAACAUUACCGCUCAAAUUUCCCCUCGCAAAACCAUGGCAGGGAAAGGGUCCAAGAAGGCCAGGCGGCCCCGCAAAAGAAAGCCUAACCUCCAGGCCUGGGCUAACAAUGAUCGCCUCCAGCUCCUGGCAUAUCUCAAUUGGUGUGUGCAAUACGAAGUCGACUUUGAGGCUACAGUGAUGGGUCAUUUGAAGGAUAUCACAGGGAAGGACUUCUCUUUCCGACAGAUUCGGGACAAGCUCCGGAGAGAAUGGAACAACUAUGGGACAUGCGACAAUUUCGAAGACUUAUAUUCACAAGGCACAGCAGCCCUUAAUCCGGCGGAAGCAGAGGACCAAGUCAUCCAGCAGAUGCUUGCUCGCCUCGGCUCUCCUCCUCGGUCCCGAUACCUGUUGCGGCGCGCUUCAUCUGCGCCCAAAUCAAGAUCGCGCACCUCGUCGACAGUCCGAGGGACACCGAUGUCUUCAACUUUGGAAGCAGCGGGCCCGUCUCGACCCUCUAACUCUCACGAUGGACUUGGAGACACUCAGAAAAGAAAAGCCCUUAGUGCUGUGAGCAACAAUCUCAACGAAUGCGAGCUUGGUCGCGCAUCCUCCGUCGACAAGAAAGGGGAAGCCGAUCUAGACCCUGGCACGAUUUCUGACAGCGAAUGCUCUGAGAUGACGGAACUGGGCGAUACACCAGAUCCCCCACUGCAGCAGCUCGACAAGGAGUUGGACUGCACGACAAAAGCACAGAUGCUCGACGAGUUAGAGGCUUUACGAACCGAGCUUCUGAAGGAAAAGGCCCGCGUGUUCACACUGAGAAGCCGCCUAUCAGAGACGCAGAGGGAGAUGGAUGAACUGCACAACAGCAGUCAGGCUGCAAACACAGGUCAAUACAACUUCCGACAGCAGAUUUCCUAUCUCUUGGGACAACUCGAAGCCAAGGACCGCCUGUGGCAGGACACCGUAGCAUUCAGAGCCGACACUUUCAGCUUCUCGAGGGAUGCUAUCAAACCAGAGUAUAAUCUGCUCUACCAUGGGAUCAACGAAGCAAGCUCAUUCAUCUGCGAGAUGAGUCCCGAUGAGGAGGAUUUCCCUCGGCAGAGAAGCCAGUAUCAGCAAUCUGCACAAACCUGGGCAGUUAAAGCCUCCGGCUGGAAGUUAGAGCGUCUUCUCUCCUACAGUCACGAGGAAGGGAUCCUAAAGGAGAAGCUUUUCGCAUCCUUGGCCACAGCAGGGGUUUUCGAGCUCAUCUUCGAAUCAGUCCUUCCCGACAUCUUGGCUCUCGAGUCACCUCUCCUGCAUCAGUACAGAAAACAUAUUCGAACCAAGAACGGGCGGCAAGCCCUACAUGAGCUCGAUCUAAUGGCCCUCAAGUCACUCACUUCAGAAGAGCACUUCACGAGUGAGGUUCUUCCAGAAAGAGCCAAGUCGCUCGCCGAGUUUAUGAUGAGGAUUCUACAGCUCUUCUUGCCCCUGGAGAGUCAGGAUAUCGAUCGCCGCUAUCAACAAGAGAUCUUGGGGGCCGGCAGUCUCGAGACCGUCCUAACUCAGGCCUUGCGUCUGAAACUUCAUUUUGCCCUUUCUAAAGGGCGUUUCCAAUUCCACUUCUUCAAGCCCGGCGUUCCCUUUGAUGCCAGAAGCAUGAACCAGGAUACUUCGUGUACCGCAGGGUCUGGCGGCGGUAGUAAAUGCAGGCAAGAUGGUGUUAAGCUGUGCCUUCUCCCAGCUCUGUAUUUCUUGCCGCAGGAAGAGGGAGAUCAUAGAGGGACACCCGAGUAUCUUGAGACACACUCGAAUAACACUCGUAAUCAUUGUCUAGCAGAGGCGAGGCCAGAAGAUCUCGAGUUACUUGAUAUUGUAGCAAAGGGCGUCGUAUUGAUAUAAGCGGCCCCAGGACAGCCUAUGAGAGGCCAAGCAAAGGAAUAGAUAUAUACGUGCUGAAUUAUAGAGGUUGUCAUGCAAACAUUAGAGCGAGAUGAACUUAUAUCACUG